CUCUCUCACAGGCAACAUUCUCCCACCUCAUCUUCCACCGCCGCCCCCGACCUCGUCCUUCUCCAUGCUUGGGUGCUCUACGCAUCUUAAUCUCGCCGCCAGCUUUGUUAAGUCGCCUACUCGCGUCCCACGACGCUUUUGAUCGGACAACUGAAGAGCGAGCGCUGGCUGGACCAUUCACAACCUUUGUUACGACACAAUCACUCUACGGAGACACCACUCCACGCUACCCCCUCACUGUUCGAGCGUACAUGAGAGUCCAUCUCCCUCUACCGCUAUCGAAAUAUUAUUAGUGCAAGCUCGUGUUUGGCUUGUUGAGAUUGCAACAACUCCACUGCUUGCGCUCUUACCUGACCCCCUGUUCAGCUCCAGCAACGGCUGCACCCUUGAGAUAUCCUAGCGACGGGACCAAUUCAACUCAUAAAUACACUUCGACCGCAUAUCAUCAUGUCUCACUCGAACAACCCACUCUACUCUCGUGAACAAUUCAUGAACCCGGGCCCUGCCCCACGCCCUCCGACCGAUCGCCCCCGCCUCAAUUUGACGCCUUCUGUUACCAACUUACCAGGAAAUAUGACUGGACUAAGCCUACAGUCACCUUCAGCUGCCAGCUCAACGUCCUCGCUGCAUAAGACACAGACUGAGCGCAGUUCCAGUGCUGGGGAUGGCGGUGCUAGACAAGGCUACGCUAAGAUCAAAGAAGAAGGUAUUCUGAAGAGCGUCUUCUGGUCAGAGAAAUGGCUUGUCCUUCGUGACUUCCAACUCGACUUUCUGAAGAGCCACCAGUCGACCAAAGUUUCAUUUUCGAUCCAGCUGCGCGAUGUUACAAACGUUGCCCGGUCCGAAGAUCAUCCUUUCGCCUUCGAGAUCAUUCGUCAUGCGAAUCCAUCUUCCAGCGGAGCGUCUCCUCCUCGCGAUGGUCCAACGAAGUCUCUAAUCUGCAAAGUAGAUGAUGAUGACAGUGUAUAUGGCUGGAUUGACGCGAUUUAUAACCGGUGUCCCAGCAUGGGUGGAGUCAGCAAUCCCACAAACUUCACACACCGAAUUCACGUCGGCUUCGACCCUACAAGCGGUGCGUUUGUUGGCUUGCCACAGGAAUGGGAGAGGCUACUUAGCGCAUCUGCCAUUACCAAGGACGACUAUGCAAAGAAUCCGAAAGCUGUGCUGGAGGCUCUUGAAUUUUACACCGAAAAGCUUGUCAAGCCUAACAAUGACCCUAGCUCGACGCCAACUUCCUCCAUUGAAUCUAAUAAGCAGCUUGGAUAUAGUGGCGGAAACGGCAUUGCCCCACCACGACCAGCACCACCAGACAGCUACUAUGGCAAAGACAGCUAUAGUUCGGGCAGGGGAGAUGCUCGGACGCCACCUAAUCAAUACGCAUCUCAAAACGAGAAAGCAGCUUCGGAUGCAUACCAGCAGCAGAACGAGGCAACUCGACAAGAAGAAGAUCGUCGUAGAAGACGUGAGGAGGAAGACCGCAUGCGACGCGAGCGCGAACGCCAAGAAAUUGAACGACGAGAACGCGAAGAGUUGGCCGAAUACAACGCCUCUCUCCCGAAGACCAAAGUUCCUCUUGCAAAGCAGGAAAUUGGAGGUUACGGAGACACCCCUGCUAGCAACCCUGACCGUUACAAUCCUUCGCGACCAGCUCCUCAGACCCCGACAGCCGCCCGACAGCAGCAGCAGUCCCCUGGAUCGCUACGACAACCAAUGACAGCACAACGACCGGCCCCGUCAGCUCCGUCGACACAGAAUGGAGCAAAUGCCUUUCCUAAGCCCGGUCAAACCAAGCCAGCUCCGUCUGCACAAGCAGCGCGGCAGCAGGCGUCUGGACCACGAUACGCGCCGCAACAGCAGUCGUCGCCGCAAAGACCAGGGAAUGGUGCUACUCAAGGAAAUGGACAGAGUCGCAUCCCCGCUGCGCAAGCACCAAAGCCAUUAAACGUGCCCCCGAAGACAGCGCAAAAUAUCAAUCAAAGUCAGGCCGUCAAAGCUGCUGAGGCAGCACUCACAAAGAAAGAGGAUAUACCUCAACUUUCGUCGCACUCGCAGCCGCAGCAGCCGCCGCCAUCGAGCCGCAAAGAUGUCCGCAUGUCGAGCAUGUCAGAAGCCGAAGUCAUGGCGAAAUUGCGAGAAGUGGUGUCCAAAGAGAAGCCGCUCGAUUCUUACAACAAGCAGAAGAAGAUUGGCCAAGGUGCAUCUGGUUCGGUGUAUGUCGCACGAAUUCGCGAGGGUGCAACUUCGCCCACCGCUCGUGACAUUCUUAGACAAAACGGACCUAGAUCGCAAGUCGCUAUCAAGCAAAUGGAUCUCAGGAAUCAGCCUCGUAAGGAACUGAUUGUCAACGAGAUCAUCGUCAUGAAGGACAGCAAGCAUCCGAACAUUGUCAAUUUCCUAGAUGCUUUUCUGCAAGAAGAGCAAUCAGAACUCUGGGUAGUUAUGGAGUUCAUGGAGGGUGGAGCAUUGACAGACGUUAUUGAUAACAAUCCAUCGAUCAGUGAAGAUCAGAUUGCGACCAUAUGUCUGGAGACAUGCAAAGGUCUUGAGCAUCUUCACAACCAGAACAUUAUACAUCGUGAUAUCAAGAGCGACAAUGUCCUCCUGGAUGCCAGAGGAAACGUUAAGAUUACCGAUUUCGGUUUCUGUGCCAAGCUCACGGAGCAACGAAGUAAAAGAGCCACCAUGGUGGGAACGCCAUACUGGAUGGCACCGGAAGUCGUCAAGCAGAAAGAGUACGGUAACAAGGUCGACAUCUGGUCCCUGGGCAUCAUGGCCAUCGAAAUGAUUGAAUCUGAGCCGCCGUACCUCAAUGAGGAGCCUUUGAAGGCGCUCUAUCUCAUUGCCACCAACGGCACCCCGCGUCUGAAGAAGCCAGAGAAGCUCUCAAAGGAACUCAAGGCCUUCUUGGCUGUCUGUUUAUGCGUCGAUGUGAAGAGUCGGGCCAGUGCCAGCGAGCUCAUGACUCAAGACUUCAUGAAGGUUGGGUGCAGUCUGAACAGCCUUGCCCAGUUACUAGCUUUCCGCAAGACCGGUAGCCACUAGAGUGGCGCUGCGCCAUGAGUUGCUUCCUGGAUUUGAUAUUUUCUGCGUCACGAGCACAUCGACACGAUACCACUUUACGAGGAUGGCGGAUUUGAAAUUUUUACUGCAUGUUGCGCUGCCCUAGGAUCCGCGAUUUGACGACAAGGGCGACGAUUUGAAUGACAAUGGUUAUGAUCAGAGAUAUGAAACUUGAACUGUACUGAAUGAUGUGUCUGUGAUAAGAAAAUAUGCGCUACAUUGAUGUCACUAGAUGAAGGGGUUGAUGAGGGUACGCAGGUACCACACGUGUGGAAGCAGGAGACGGGACAAUUACCAGCGUUGACUGGCGUGCACUGAAGCAAGCAAGCGUUUCUUGGAAUUUGAUACCGGGCGUUUGAGAUGUGUGUUACGUCCGUAUUACUAGAAUCUUAGGACUAAGCGUACUUAAUAGAGCGAAAAUGAGCGCUUCAUGCUUUUGUAUGGGC